AAAUGCAUAAGCAUUAAGAGAAUACUAGAAAUAAUUUGCAUGGGUUUCCCAGUUGUGCGCGCGCCCGCGUGAGUGAAUGCGCGCUGUAGUGAAGUAUGACUUGCGCGCGCCUCCCUCCGCCCAGAGGAUGAUGGAGAGAAAAGAGGAGAGGAUCCUGUGACACCUCACCGUCCCAAUCACAGCAAACCGGGCAAAAAUCACACCACAGCACAUCAAGAAGAGUGCCGCCUGUUGCCGGGCAGCACGCAAGGAAAAUGCCCGGUUUGAUAAAUCGCAUCACAUGGGCACCGCUACUGUUGAAGACAUCCCGCAUUACUUCCUGUGCCAAUGGCUGCUCUCUAGGCAUCACCGCUCAUCUAACAUAUGUGAAUACUGAUCCUGAACCAGUUGAUGGUGUGUUUGUGUAUCCUCUGGGGGAGAAGGAGGUCGUGGUGGGUUUCGAGGCUGAGGUGUCCGGCAGGCUGGUCAGUGUGGAGCUCCAGAGUCGUGGGAAGCUGGAGGACUGCUGUUUGAUCUGCUGCCCGGGACCGACCCUCCACGGCCAAUGUGGCCACAGCAAGGAGUGGGGAUGCUGUGGAGGAACAAGUUUGGAAAUGCAGUGCUCCAAUGGUCAUCUGUUGCUGGAUGAGGACCUGGAGAGAAGCACAUUUAUAGUGAGCACAGGCCAGAUUGGACCACUAGAAAUUGUGUCUGUCGUCAUUAGUACCACACUUGAACUCCCUACACUUGAAAAUGGUGCAAUCCGCCUGGUUUACCCAACAGUGCUAACGCCUAUUGUCAGAGCUCGGGUUCAUCCGGGAAAAAGUGAAAAUGGGGGAAAAUCAGAGGAGACAAGCCCGACUACAUGCUUUGGGAGUGCGUCUGGGAGGCAGGAUAGGUUGCUGGGAAUCGGGCAGCAAUGUGCCCAUGCUGUCUUCACCAGCUCUGCUACAAACAUCUCAUUGUACCAGCUCAGCUUCCAGCUUCUCGUUCGAGGCGCGUGUCUUCUAGCAGGUCUGGAAAGCCCCACCCAUGCUCUGCGUGCAGACGCUGACCCCAGCGCACAGUGUGCAUCUGCAACCUACAUCACGCUGGCGGAGGAGCAUCCAUGUGAUCGACAUCUGGAGAUAAUUCUGCACCUUAGUGAACCUCACAGCCCAUUGGUUAUCCUGGAAAAGGGGCGGCUUACCUUUAGUGAAUACGAGCAGCAGAUCCAAGCUCGACGGGAUUUCCUUCGCUGCGGCCGAAAGGAGGCAGGCGAGAAGAGGCUGGAGUUCAUUCGGAAGCGUUACCAUAAGGAUCUGCUCUUGAACCCGGUCCUGAUGCUUAAUUUCUGCCCAGAUCUGCUGUCAGAACCAACAGAGCUGCAGCAGGCCAGCAGAGAGCUCAUCUUCCUCAUAGACAACAGCAGCACUAUAACACAGCUCAACAUCAACAAGAUCAAGGAGGCAAUGUUAGUGGUCAUUAAGAGUAUGCCCACCCGCACCAUGCUCAACAUCAUUGCUAUCUGCUCAACAAUCCGACCUCUGUUCAGCUCCAGCAAGCCCUGCACAGAUAGUACAGUGACACAGGCAUUGGAGUACAUCCAGAAGAUACGUUCAGAUCAGGGUUCUGCUAACCUGUUGGGGGCGCUCUCUUGGGUCUAUCGGCAGCCUGUGCAUCGCGCCUUCCCACGGCAGCUCUUCCUCCUUAUCGAUGGAGCCCUGAGCAAUGUAGGACGAGUCCUAGAGCUGGUCAGGAGGAAUGCAUCCAAUGUCAGGUGUUUCGGUGUGGGCCUUGGUCCUCAAUCCUGUCGAAGGCUACUGCAGGGCGUUGCCAAGGUUACGGGAGGCAGUACAGAGUUUCUCAGUGAGGAAGAGAGGCUUCAGCCAAAGCUGAUUAAGUGUCUGAAGAAAGCUCUGGAACCCGUGUUAACUGACGUACGGAUCGACUGGUAUGUGCCGGAGAACAUGGAGGCCAUCUUGUCACCCAAUGAAAUCCCUCCACUUUACCCUGGCAACUGUCUGAUAGGCUAUUGCACUCUCUAUAAUGUUGGUGGAUUCAAGGCCCAGAAAAGUGAAGUGAAGUCACGACUUUAUAGAGGACGACCACACGAUUCAGUUGGUUCAAUUUUCGAGCUCUCUCCCUCCACUUCUGAGCUCCUUCAGCCCUUGGUACCUCCUGAGGAGCGAGAUAGAGACACGGCUAAAGAGUGUGUGGUGGAGGGAGACUUUGAGGAGGCGUUGAGGGAAAUCUCACGAGAAAUCUCCUCAGAAUUCUCUUGUGCACAUACCAAUGAUAAUGUCACAAGCCCUGGUGGCGACACUGACUACAGCAGCAGUGAUGUGCGCUGGCGUAUUCAACAGGACUCGUAUGUCCAGGAUCAGUAUGUGUUGACGUGCUGUUCUCUGAGUAGUGAAAAGACCUUUUCCUCUGCUACCCAACAAGUGGAGAGCUCUGCGCUGGGCAUGGGGUCCCUGCCACAUGGCCUGGAGAGAAUAGAGCCUCCGCAGGGCAGAGGACUCUCACGCUGGGAAUCUCCAUGGGCACAGAAUGUCAACUGUUUAGGAGAAACCACAUCAGGAAAGACCAGCAAGCUGUUAGACCACGACGAGUCUCGUCGCAGACAGAGGGCGCUAGCUCGCUCUGCUCUGGCUGGACGAAGUUUCUCGUCACCGCAGGGCGACCUGGACAUGCACCGCCUGAGGAGGGCGCUAGAGAAGGUCUCAUUUGAGCAGGCAGUGGGGGGACGGCUGGAAGAGAGUGACACAGAUACUCAAAGCACUCCACAAGGGGCUCAAUCUCGCCCCAGCCUGACAGAUUCCAAUGGUCUCCUUUUCCCCGGCUCCCCGCUGGACUGGGACAACUUCACCGAAUGCCUGUUUUCAGCCGUUCCUCCAGGCGAGUCCCAGGUUGCAGGAGCGCAGUGUCGCUCUGUCAUCCAUGGCACACUGGGUGGAAAGUCUUUGUCCUGGGAAGUUUGUGUGGAUUUGUCCUCUCUGUUGGCCACUGAGAGCACAGCAACCCCGCCAACCGAUACUGGAUCCUGGGAUGAGAUCAUUCACCAGCUGACCGCACGCUCCGUCAUCAGAGACUUUGAAAACAUGGCCGAAAAAGAGACGGAUAUAGAAAAUGAGAGAGGUCCAUCAAAGAGAUACCGAAUGAAAGCCAUCCAGACCAGCAAAAGCUGUGGAGUCAUCUGCAUGUACACCAGCUUCACCACCACAGAUACCAAUGUGAGAGGUCAAUCUGACAACAGAGACACACGAAACACAGGUGUGCGGUUUGGUACGAGACACGGGUCUCAUUCGGGCAGCAGAAGACAAAGGUUGUGCUCGGUCGGAUUUGGUCGCCGUCCCUCCAGCAGAGGAAGUGAGGAUACUGAAGACACACAUGCCUCGACGGACAGAGACGACACCCCUGCAUCUCCGUGCAGCAUGACAUCCUGGGACAGCAGCACAGGUGGAAGCAUCAGUCCAUCAGCGGUGUCAUCUCGCUCUCAGCGUUCUGUGGAGAGUUUCUUUGGGUCCAGGUCAAAGUUUAGUCUAGGCAGACACAAGAGCAACAGUGGCUCAGGAAAACAAGCUCCUCUAAAACCUCACUGUCUCUCUGCAGAGACGGACAGACAGACAGAAACAGACACACCUGAUUACCUGCCACUGGUGCGUUUGCAGCUGGCCUCAGGUGCGUUCUUGCUGUCCGAGUCAUACUCAGAUUGUAUUCAGAUUCCUCUGGAACGUCUGAAAAGAGCAUCUCCAUACCCCAGCCACCGCAACAGUCUGAGCCCUCCCUUCCGCUGUACCUCCCCACCCGCCGUGGCAUUGGCUUCAUCGAAACACAGUGCCCCCCACAGGCCAGAGGACCAAACUUCAAGCAGAGUGCUUUACGGAAACCUGCGACGUCAUCACGAAGAACCCCUUGGCAUAUUGUCAGACCCACACAGCUCAGAGGAGGGCGGAGUCCCACAGGCUGACAGUGGGCGGGGCUCUGAGACUGACAUGUGUGAAGCACCUCCUGUAGAUCCAGCAGAACCACAGGGAGAGGAGCUGGCACAGACGGAUGUAGAGAGCUCGAGCUGGGCUACGGCUGUAGCUUUGGCCUGGUUGGAGCACCGCUGCGCUGGGUUUUUCGUAGAGUGGGAACUGAUGGCAGCCAAAGCUGAUUUCUGGUUAAAGUGCCAAUCGCUGCCUGAAGGAGUCGACCUGGCUGGGUUGAGGGCAGCAGCCAGGCAGCUUUUCCUGCUGUUACGCCACUGGGAUGAAAAUAUCAAACUGAAUGUACUUUGUUACAACCCUAAUAACAUGUGAGGAAGUCAAAUUUAAGAUGUUGAAAACCAGCUAGGGCUAGCAGACUCAUGUUCUGAGUCUAAACUGAGGAGUUUUAAUCCAGGAAAUGGUAGCCAGAUUCAUCAACUUUUUGGCCCAAAUCCGGCCCGUAGUCAUCUGGGGCCUCAUUUAUAAAAGGUAAAAACCGACCUAAAUUUGAUCUCACAAUCAUUACUUAAAAGGUAUAGCGGAAGAUUUUCGUUUUCCGGGUGGAUCACCACUGUUAUUGGUCAUCCCAGAUGUCCAUCAUUCUGAUUAUAUGUUGACGUAUAACCGUCGUACGAGGGUCGCAAGAGAAAGUGUGUCUACGAAUUGAGUGACAAGAAGAGAAAGGACUAUAAAGAAAGAAACAAGACCAGAGUGUUUAUGGGAGACUAUUUCACACGCUGGCAUGAGCUUAAAGGACAGGUUGGGCUUCUCACGCGAAGUUUCUACUGGAAAGGUACAUUUUGUCUUGGAUUUGGAGAAAUCCAUUUAAAAUCACUGCUAGUAAAAGUUGAUGUAAGCUAUGAUUAGCGAUGCUAGCCCUGACACAAGUCACGAACCGCACAGACACGGUAAACAUGCCGACAGCAACUUGUAAACAGAGCGAAGAGAAGAACUGAGCUCCUGCAUGCUCUCUCUCUCUCUCUCUCUGUCUCGUGCACGCGUUUAACAGGCGUUCCCUCUCGGGAGGAGGGAGAGUGUUGCGUGUGCAUUUUUUAAAAAAUAUCGAGGGGUGGUUCUUUUAAAUAAUUCGGGAAAAUCUUCCGUUAUACCUUUAAAAGUGUGUACGUGUAACUCAUACAACGAAUGAGCGCACAGAAACGCACGUAUACAUGUGAAAUCUAUAAAAUUGCAAAUGAUCUUGAAAUUGAGCGCAGCUAAAUAGUUUCAAAUCUCCGCAUUGAAACGAUGCCUAAUUAAUGUAAUUGACAAAAAGUACCUCUCAAUGUUUAAAUUCUUUAGGACCAGCAAGAAAGACUUCAAUCUCCAAAGGCCUGCAGCAAUUGGACACGCAAAAGUGCGCACGUCUGCUUAGACCCGCACCUGGCACUAAGUACUUUUCCACGUCAAAGACAGUUUUUAUAAAUAUGGAAACUUUACGACCAAAUCUGUGCGUACCCACGCUUUAUAAAUGAGGCCCCUGGUGUGAACGCAGAGUCACCGGCCGCCACUGGCACACACUUUACGAUGAAAUCUGUGCGUGUGCACCAGUAAUGUGCGGGUCAGUGUAUAAACUCCGCACCCAACCUACGUUUUCAACUAAACCACCCGCAACUCGGACCGCAAAAAAAUACA